AUGACCUGCUUUACCGAAUACAAAGAUCUAAUACAAGAAGGUGACCUAACUCUAAUAUGGAUUUCAAGAAAUAACAUUAGAGCUGUUGUUAUGAAGGCUGGUGAAAACUUCAAUACUAGAUAUGGUUCAUUUCCACAUAAUGAUAUGAUUGGGAAACCUUACGGUUCUCAAAUUGCCAUUAGAACUAAAGGUUCAAAUAAGUUUGCGUUUAUUCAUGUCCUACAACCUACGCCUGAAUUAUGGACUUUAUCUUUACCACAUAGAACUCAAAUUGUUUAUACUCCAGAUUCUUCGUAUAUUAUUGAAAGAAUGAAUUGUGGUCCUAAUGCAAGGGUGAUUGAAGCAGGUACUGGUUCUGGUUCAUUCUCUCAUGCAUUUGCAAGAUCAGCUCAAAAAUUAUUUACUUAUGAAUUCCAUCAAGUUAGAUAUGAGCAAGCAUUGGAAGAAUUUAAAGAUCAUGGUAUAUUAGGCGAUGCUUCUAAAUAUGGUGAAAAUGUUACUAUUACUCAUAGAGAUGUCUGUGAAAAUGGAUUUAGAAUUAAACAAAAUGAUACUACUUCAUUUGAGUUUGGUGAAGAUGAGGAAAUUGAAGCUAAGAUAAAUGCCAAUGUCAUUUUCUUAGAUCUUCCGGCUCCAUGGGAUGCUAUUCCUAAUUUAAAUGAUGUCAUAGCAAGUGAUGAAAAGGUUGGACUAUGUUGUUUCUCCCCAUGCAUUGAACAAGUUGAUAAAACCCUUGAAGCCUUGGAAAAGUAUGGUUGGACUGAUGUUGAAAUGGUAGAAGUCCAAGGGAAACAAUACGAAAGUCGUAGACAAAUGGUUAGAACUUUGGAUGAUGCUCUAAACAGAUUAAAAGAUAUUAAAUCACAUAAAUUGGAAGGUGUUGAGAGACGUAAAAGACUUUUGAAUGAAACUAUAAACGAGUCAUGUGGAAUUGAUGAUGGGUCUGUAGAUGAUAAAAGACCUAGCACUGGUAAGACAAAGUUCAAUCCUUUUGGGAAGGGAUUCAGAGUUAAAGAAGGUGAUAAAGAAUUUAAGUGGAAAGAUGUGACAAAAGUUGAGUCAGAGAUUAAAUCACAUACAUCUUAUUUGACAUUUGCAUCAAAAAUUGUAAAAAAAGAUAGAUUGGCCUGA